AUGGUGUUAAACGAACAAACAGAAAUGAAGAUUGACGACCCUCCACAUAUAGUGGAAGGCUCGGAAGAAUCUCAGAUACAAAAGAUGUUCUCUGGCUCGACGGUAUUCGUAACUGGGGGUACAGGAUUUCUUGGAAAACUGUUAGUUGAAAAGCUUUUAAGAUCCUGUCCUGAUAUAAAAAAGCUGUAUCUAUUAACGAGAGCGAAGAAAAAUAAAAAUGCAAUGGAAAGAUUGCAAGAGCAAUUUGAAGAUUUGCUAUACGAUAAAUUAAGAAAAGAAAAGCCAGAUUUUAUGCAAAAAAUCGGCAUUAUUGAAGGUGAUAUGUGUCAAAUCAAUCUAGGCAUGAGUGAUGCAGACCGAGGCAAGAUUAUACAAGAGGUCGAGUUUAUUUUCCACGGCGCCGCAACAGUUCGCUUCGAUGAAACUUUAAAGACAGCUGUGGAGAUCAACGUGCGAGGGACGAGAGAGAUGCUACAGCUAGCACAUGCAUGUACCAAACUACGUGCACUUGUCCAUAUAUCUACCGCUUACAGUAACUGCAACUUAAGUGAGAUUGACGAGAAGUUCUACGACAUCAACCUUCCUGGAGAGAAGCUUAUUAACUUGGUUGAGAAUACAGACGAGAAUACUUUAAAGAAGAUGACGCUUGGAUUAAUAGGUGAUUUGCCCAAUACGUACGCUUAUACGAAAUCGGCAGCGGAAGACAUCAUCCAGAAACAUUCUCAAGGACUUCCGGUUGCCAUAAUUAGACCUUCCAUAGUGAUAUCGACGAUGCGUGAACCUGUGCCAGGAUGGAUCGACAAUAUAUAUGGCCCUACUGGUAUGGUGUUAGGAGUAUGCUUGGGUCUUAUACACUCCUUACAAUGCAACCCACGAGCAAUAGCGGAUCUGGUCCCAGGUGACUACGUAAUAAAUGGAAUUAUAGCAGUGGCCUGGAAAACCGCCAAAGAUUAUCCUGUAAAUUGUGAACAUUCUCCAAGUGAUAAUUCGCCUACUGUAUACAAUUAUGUAUCUUCUGAGCAAAAUCCUAUUACUUGGGGCAAGUUCAUCAAUAUUCUAGAAGUAUAUGGAUUCCAUAUGGUGUUCACGCAAAUCAUGUGGAAGUACGUGUUAUGGAUGACUCCUUCUAAAUUCUUACACAACUUUUACUGCUUAUUACUACAUUGGAUCCCAGCUUACGUAGUAGAUACCAUCGCUAUUACGAUUAGGAAAAAGCCUGUUUUAAGAAAAGCUUACGAAAAGAUCGGAAAAUUCUCAGAAGUUAUAAGCUUUUUCGCCAUCAGGGAAUGGAAGUUUCAUAACAAAAACACUCUAAAUCUACUAAAGGAGCUAGAUGACGCGGACAAACAUAUAUUUAAUUUUGACAUAGGGAGCUUCAAAUGGGACGAAUAUUUUAAGGAUUAUCUAAAAGGGAUCCGCUUAUAUUUGUUAAAAGAUCCCUUAGAAACGAUCCCUCAGGCCAAAAAGAAGUAUUUCAAAUUGGUGUUGGCUCAUUAUUUCUUGGUCUCUCUUAUUGUAUUUGGAUUAUUAAAACUUAUGUGGUGUUUAAUGAAACUUUUUAUG